UUAGGUACUUCGUCUAGCGUUUAUUAGAUUACAAAAACACUCUGACAAGUCAAGAUUACGUCAAAAGUACCUGAUGCAACACUAAGAAAAUAUUGGGAAGAAUAACUUGAUAACACGAAAAAAGUCUGUAUAAAAGCCGUAGUAGUUCCGUCAGAACUAAAAAUCAAACAAAAUGAAGACAGUCGUACUAUUCGCAGCUUUAGUUGCUCUUGUAGCAUCUUUCCCAGAGCAGAACCGUCCUCUCGAAGAUAAUGGUACUAAUAGAACCAAACCAUCACCUAGAAUAAUAGGUGGUAAAACCGCGAUCCCUCAUUCCAUCCCCUAUCAAGCUCAUCUGGUAAUUACUGGUACCACCACCAUAUGGGCAUGCAGUGGUUCCGUCAUAUCCAACCACUACAUUCUAACUUCUGGUCGUUGCCUCGAGGGAGGUGUGCAAGUUGAAAUCAACCUAGGUGUCCACGACACUUCAGAAGUCGGCCCUGACCAAAUAACAUACAUAACGAGGGACAUUCUUAUUCAUCCAGACUACAGCGGUAACGAUGCUUCAUAUCUUAGGAACGACAUUGCUCUGCUUAAAACGGAGUACGAAAUACCAUUCAACGACUACAUCCAACCUAUAACUUUACCAAACCGAGUCGAUUUAGAUGAUGCAGAAACUUUUGAGGGUCACGUUGGUAGAGCUAGUGGAUGGGGACUGACGAACGGUGGGGAUGACACCACAGACUCCACAGUAUUGAAGUACUUUGAUGCCAAGGUUAUUAAAAAUACGGAAUGCAAGAAGAGUUUUUUCCCUUAUAUUGAUACUACGGGGAUUUGUACUAGUGGCGAUGAGGGUGUGGGGGUUUGCAGAGGAGAUGUAGGAGGACCACUAGUGGCUGACUAUAAGUUGAUUGGGGUUAGUUCAUUUUGGGCGAUUUUGUGCAUUCCUGGGUAUCCCUCAGGAUACACAAGAGUCAGUAGUUACAUUGACUGGAUUCUUGAGAAUUCUGAUGUUGUGAUUGCAUGA